GGGAAAUUCCUGAUGGAGGAUAUAAAAGCACUCUUGCGCUGUCACCCAGACAUUCAACCGAAGACUCUCACAAGAGAAGCAACCAGUUAACUCAAUAACUCCAGGCGGAGAACUGAACUAAACGACUGAACGAUGGCAUGCCAGGGACACUUUAUUUUGCCUUCGGGUGCUCUCCAGAAAGACGCAAUGUACUCUGAAAUGGCCGGCUUUGAUGAACUGGACUGCCCAGAUCAUCUAGCUAUGCGAUGCCAGUGCGACAUGCAAGACAUCAAACUGGAGGUGUCUCUGCAUCCUCACAGCUUGAGGCGGGCGGUGAACAUCGUCAUCGCCGUGGAAAGGUUGAAGCACAUCAGAGAAAUGUCUUCCGGGAAGCUCUGCGAGGACGCUCUGCUCAACUUCAUCUUGGAGAAUGUGAUCGAAGAGCGCCUGGCGAAGCCGCUCGCGGUGACGUCGGUUUACUCCAAGGAGACUCAGACCAGCCUGCAGUGCACCAUUUGCGAUAAAUACAAAAAGACUCUGGUGCAGAGCAACAAGCUGGCCAACGAGGACCUUCAUUUGAAGGCCGUGACUCUGAGCGCGGGGACCGAUCAGUACAAAGUUCAGUUCAACAUGUCGACAUACGUGGCGAGCCAGCCGCAGAAUAAAGGCCAGCCCGUGUGUCUGGGAAUUUCCAAAACCAACUUCUACAUCUCUUGCACCCAGUCUGGCGCUUCUUCCCCCGUCCUGCUCUUGAAGGAGGUGAGCGGCUCCCUGAACACCAUCAAAGAAGGUGACCCCAACGGGUAUGACAACCUCCUCUUCUACAGGAAGCAGAGCGGCAGCUAUUACAACUCUUUUGAAUCUGUUAAGUAUCCCGGGUGGUUCAUUACCACCGCUUUCGACGACUGGAAGAGGGUGGAAAUGUACCAGGUGCCAACUGACCGAACCACAAACUUCACACUCGAGGAUCAGAAAGAGUUGAGAGUCUGAUUUGAUCCAUAAACACAUUUCCAGAGAGUAUGUACCAUGUACAGUUUAGAAUCUGGAUUCAUUCGAACAUGUUACAAACCUUAAUGACUUCACGUAUCGCUCUGUUGUUUUUGUUGUUUUUCGAAGGUUUGUGUUGGGAACGGUAAAUUCAUGUUGAAUUUCUUAAGUAUGAACUUUUUGUCUGUGUGUGUUUUAAAUUAAUUGUUUAUUUAUUUUAAAUUAUUUUUUUUGAAUCAAA